AUGUUCGUGCAACGCUUCCACCGAAUACUGCCGGGAGCCUCAGUAACUUCUGCUUCUCGUGUCAACCUACAGACUGUACGGCGCUAUGUUGUGAAGUCACGCGGGGACUUACUCGAGUCAAUCUACCGUCCAGCAUUUGCAAAUCUCGAGAAAGGGUCACCAGAAUAUGAGGGUUUAGCAAGUUCUGGUAGAGUUUGGGAAAAUUUAUUUCAGCCUGGAAACAUCGAACCUUACCUGCAGGCUCAAUCAGACUUGAAGGAGGCUCUCACUGAAAUCGAUGAGCUGAGAGAAUGGUAUCAAAAGAAUGAUAAGGCCAAGACAAGCAUUGUUCGAGCUUUGGUUCCUGAAUAUGCUCAACAAAGCACAUCUAUCGAGCUCAACCCUUUCAUGUCGGCGACGCAGUAG